AUGCAAUUCUUGGACUUGCCUCUCGAACUGCUUUCCGACAUCCUCUUCCAUCUCGUUAGGAAGAGUCAAUACCUCUUCAACGCCUGUCUGGUCAACAAGAUAUUCGAAUACUUCGCAACGCCACACCUCUAUGCUCGCGUCUCGAUCUUUGCCUGGCAGAAACAAUCGAAAGCAAAGCGAAGUCACUCGCUGAUUCGACGAUAUUCUCUAGAGAUCCGCGACUUUCCCAAGUCCUUCGUGGGAAAUGAAGAUAUUGAAUCCGUUGUUGUUCACGCAUUGCGCAACUGCAUCAAUCUAGAAUCAUGUACCUGGACACGAGACGGCUCUUUGACCUCCGACAUCUUACAAGUUCUCAGCGAGGGAGGGACUCUACGUGAGCUAGAGAUAAAUGGGAGGAGCGAUAGUCGAUACGACCCACGGAUAUUGACCUCCUUCACGAUUCUCGCCAGAAUCUCGCUUAUAAUGCCUAGUCGAGAUGUGGUGGCGCUGCUGCCCACAUGGAUUGCACAAACGACUUCUACUUUGAGGAGUUUAACGCUCAUAUGCAAGAUGUCGAUUUUCAUUGAUGACGCAGUUCUCAAGAACAUUGCGCCAAAUGUCCCUUUGCUAGAACAACUAUCGCUGACUGGCUGCCCAGCCAUAAGUCACGAGGGAAUUUCGGCUAUGUUGUCACAUAACGUCGUGGGCAUACGAUCCCUUAGCCUCGAAGGACUUCCAAAGAAAUUCGUGCAGCAUAUGCAUGCAUUGAGUGUGCAUCUGAACGCCAAGCAUGCCCUAUCUCGUCUGGUCUCAUUCACGCUUAGUCUCCAUUCAUCCGACUGGCUCGUGGACAUCUUAUCGCUUUUGCAUUCUGCACCAUUAGAACGAAUUCAACUGUAUGGAACACACGGACGAAGCUCUGAGUCCUCUUCGUAUUCCCGAAACUUCACCAAAGCGGCGGACUCGUUUUGGACUGCCCUUCUUUCUAUUCACAGUGCUCGUCUAACUAGGGUGUCCGUUCACCGGAUGCCUAUUAGUUUGCGUUCCAUUCGUGAAGUCUGCUUGCGAUGCACUGCUCUCCGUCAGCUUUUCGUCGUUGUGGAGCCUUCCUCACUUAAUACACUUGCGGACUACUUCAUGCUUUCUUCCACAUUAGCUGAAGUCCAUGUCAACUUUGUCCAACACACAAAUCACGAUGAAGACGGCUCUAACACAGACUCCCUUCCGCAAUCUGAGGAUGAGGGCUUGAGUGACUGGGAGCAGUCUAGCAUUCUCAUUACUCCACAGCAAGCACUUUCCAUUGUGCGGCGAUGCCCAGAGACAAUUGAGCUAUUCGGAUGCAACACUAGAGUUUGGCAGGUCGAGCGAGUCAUCCAUCAAACUCCUGCGGGAGAGCUUGUUGCGGACAGGGUUCUCGCAAAGUACGACCAACCAGAUGUGCCAGAACAGUUUCUAGUUGUCAGGACAUGA